AUGGCCGCGGAAAAGAUUGAUGGCACUGCCAUUGCCAAGAGCAUACGAGAAAGAAUCAAUGCAGAGAUCAAGAAAAUACAGGAAACCAAUCCUCGAUACAAGCCUUCCCUGACCAUUGUACAAGUGGGUGACAGAUCCGACUCGAGCACGUAUGUCCGUAUGAAGUUGAAAGCCGCGGAGGAGGCCAACAUCAUCUGCAAUUUGGUGCACUAUCCAGAGUCCAUCACGGAACCCGAGCUGCUACAACAUAUUACGCAAUUCAACAAUGACCCCUCGAUUCAUGGCAUAUUGGUUCAGCUGCCAGUACCAAAGCAUAUUUCGGAGCAUGCCAUCACGUCUGCGGUUGCAGAAGAGAAGGAUGUUGAUGGGUUCGGGACGAGCAACAUCGGAGAGCUAUCGAAGCGGGGAGGACAUCCUUUGUUCACACCAUGUACCCCGAAAGGGGUCAUGGUGCUGCUACAAGAGAGUGGGAUCGAGCUCAGGGGAAAGAACGCAGUGGUACUCGGCCGUAGCGAUAUAGUUGGCAGUCCUGUCAGCGCACUUUUGAGGAACGCCGACGCUACAGUCACGGUGUGCCACUCGAGGACGCAAAACCUAGAGCAUCACAUCAAGCAAGCAGACGUAUUAGUUGCUGCAAUAGGAAAGCCCAACUUCGUCAGAGGUGAAUGGCUGAAGCCUGGAGCAGUAGUUAUCGAUGUUGGCACGAACUACAUCCCAGACGAGUCGAAGAAAUCAGGCCAGCGGCUUGUUGGAGACGUGGACUUCGACUCUGCAGCUGAUGUGGCAUCAAAAAUCACACCUGUGCCUGGAGGCGUUGGACCCAUGACAGUCGCUAUGCUUCUCCAAAAUGUCAUUGACGCUGCGACGACCUAUUUCGAACGACAAAAGGCUCGCCAUAUCAAGCCUCUACCUCUCAAGCUCGCCACCCCUGUCCCAUCCGAUAUUGCCAUCUCAAGAGCACAAAGACCGAAGCCGAUCACGAUGGUAGCGAACGAAGUCGGCAUAGCACCCCACGAACUUGAGCCGUACGGUGCCUACAAGGCCAAGGUCGACUUGACUCUACUGCAGAGGCUAGGCCACAGAAGAAACGGCCGAUAUGUUCUCGUCACUGGUAUCACGCCAACUCCGCUGGGAGAAGGAAAGUCUACAACCACGGUGGGCUUGACUCAGGCAUUGGCAGGACAUUUGGACCGCAUAGCGUUUGCGAAUGUACGGCAGCCUAGUCAAGGACCGACAUUUGGUAUCAAGGGAGGCGCUGCUGGAGGUGGUUACAGUCAAGUCAUUCCAAUGGACGAAUUCAACCUGCACUUGACAGGUGAUAUUCACGCCAUCUCAGCAGCAAACAACCUUCUAGCUGCCGCUAUCGAAACGAGGAUGUUCCAUGAGUCGACGCAGAAAGACGGUCCGCUCUACAAGCGACUUGUACCAGCAAAGAAAGGGAAGAGGAAUUUUCAACCCGUCAUGUUCAAGAGACUGAAAAAGCUUGGCAUUGAAAAGACCAACCCAGACGAGUUGACUCAGGAAGAAAUACACAGAUUUGCCAGAUUGGACAUUGACCCAGAGACGAUCACUUGGAGACGAGUACUGGACGUCAACGAUCGUCACUUGCGAUCGAUAACUGUGGGAAAAGCACCGACAGAGAAGGGUACUGAGAGAGACACUGGCUUCGACAUAUCCGUUGCUAGCGAGUGUAUGGCGAUCCUUGCUCUCAGCAAUGAUCUCGGCGAUAUGCGGGAUAGACUGGGACGAAUGGUUGUCGCCACAUCAAGAGGUGGAGAUCCCGUCACCUGCGAUGACAUCGGAGCAGGAGGCGCCCUGACCGCGCUUAUGAAAGAUGCCAUCAAGCCCAACCUCAUGCAGACAUUGGAAGGCACCCCGGUGUUCGUCCACGCCGGCCCCUUUGCCAACAUCAGUAUCGGCGCAAACUCCGUCCUUGCUGACAAGCUGGCUUUGAAGCUGGCCGGGACUGAAGCUGAUGAGGAUCACAAUGAGAAGACAGGGUUCGUGGUGACGGAAGCUGGCUUUGAUUUUACGAUGGGUGGCGAGCGCUUUUUCAACAUCAAGUGCCGCUCUUCUGGGCUCGUCCCAGAUGUCGUGAUUGUAGUGGCUACCGUCAGAGCGCUGAAGGUGCACGGUGGCGGACCUGAGAUCACUCCUGGUGGAGCAUUGCACGAAGUCUACCGCACGGAGAACAUCGACAUAUUGAGAGAAGGAUGUGUAAACCUGAGGAAGCACAUCUCGAACGCAAGGCAAUAUGGCAUACCAGUCGUCGUAGCCAUAAAUAAGUUCGAGACAGACACGGAUGCUGAAAUCGCAGUGGUCCGAGAAGAAGCGCUCGCAGCCGGUGCAGCUGACGCCAUCCCAGCGAAUCACUGGGCAGAAGGAGGCAAAGGUGCUGUUGACUUGGCAAAGGGUGUCAUCACUGCAAGUGCUCAGGAGAAGAACUUCAAGCUUCUGUACAGUCUAGAUGGCAGCGUUCAAGAACGAAUCGAGAGAAUUGGGAAGAUCAUGUAUGGGGCGGAGAAGGUUGAGUUCAGUGAAUUGGCACAAAAGAAGGUGGACACCUAUGAGAAGCAAGGCUUUGGCAACCUGCCGAUAUGCAUUGCAAAAACGCAGUACUCGCUGAGUCACGACCCUGCUUUGAAGGGGGCGCCAACGGGUUUCACGGUGCCGAUUCGGGAUGUUCGGUUAGCCGUUGGUGCAGGAUAUCUAUACGCUCUGGCUGCCGACAUCCAAACCAUUCCCGGCCUUCCUACUGCACCUGGCUACCUCAACGUGGAUGUCGAUCCGGAGACGGGUGAGAUCGAUGGUCUGUUCUGA